AUGGCGAGUUUUGUCAGCCUCAGCGCUGAGCUCAUCCUAAUGAUUGCUCAAGAGCUCACAGAGAGUGAAGACCUGUUUAAUUUCCGACAGAGUUGCAGGUAUCUUCAGCACUGCUCAAAGCCUCAUUAUUUGCGGCGUUAUUUUUACCGGCGUCGCCAUAUGUUCAGUAGGCAUAGCCUUGAGGUCCUCCAAAAAAUAGUAUCUGAUGAUGCGCUUAGCAUCACAUUACAUGAGCUGGUGAUCGGAAUCGACCAUCUGACGGAUGAACCGCCUCUUGAGGAUCCCUUACCAUUUCAGUUGUGGGUGGAGGAUUCCUCCAUGCGAACCAACCUAGAUGUCAAUAGGAGCAGUUACAAUCAGUAUCUAGCCGAUCAAAACAACCUGCUAGACUCUGGACUGGGCGCUGCAUACCUCACGGGCAUCCUCUCGAAGACCAAAAACUGCAAAGCCCUGACUAUUGAUAAUGACCAUCGGUCCUGGGGCGCUGGUUUCCUGAAAAGACAAACCGGUGUUUACCCGACUACUGAUCUCAACUGGAGGGACAGUCAGGAAUUUAUUGCAAAGGCAGUUGAAGCGGUUUUUGUAGCUUUGACUGCCAGUGGUGUUCAGCUUCAAGCCUUGGAAAUCUAUACUAGUCCCGAUAUGCCACCGAUCAGCCCUGAAGCCCUUGCGCUCCCCUGGCUCCAGCCUUUAGAGCUUCCCUUCUCAGCCAGUCUUAUCAGCUUAGUACUCGCCAUAGAGACUGGGGAUGUUUACGAUCUUGAACCAAGGGCAUGGCCAAAGAUUGUCACUAGAUUCAUCCUCCAUUUUCCAAGCCUCGAGACACUCGGACUCUUUUUCGAACCUCGAAUCGAGCCUGAAUGUUUCCAUGCAAUUAGCCAGGCUCUGUACAUUCCACGUCUUCGGACGCUGAAGUUAUCGACGGUUAGCUGCACGGGGGAUGAUUUAACCCAGCUCUUCCGGUCUCAUCAAGCCACUUUACAAGAGGAUGAUAUGGAUAUCUGCAUCCAGGGGGAUGAUAUUGCUUUUCCAUCAGUUAAGAUCGAAGCUAGUGGAGGUUCCCGGGCCUAA